GUCGCCUCCAUCGUCCUCACCGCCGUCUCGACCACCAUCUGCGCCGUCGCCGCCAUGGCCGCCGUCUCGCUCUCCAGCUCGCCCAUCACGCAGGUGUCGCAGACACCUGUGCAGACGAACCUCCAACCCCACCUCUUAACGAGAUUGCUCCUCGAUCUGCGCGGCAAACGCUUUUCCGUGGACCGCGAGACUAUCAUGAACCUUCCCGAAUCCGUCCUGCUCUGUUUGUUUCCAAACGGACUUGUACUAAGUCGUCAGAGCGCCGCGUUAUCAGAUGGAGGAGAUAAUGACGACUACGAGGAGCUUUACGCUGUGGACUUUGAUCCGGACUGUUUCUCAUACGUCCUCACCUUCUUCCGCAAUGCGUCGGAGACAUUCUAUGGCACCGCGAAUUCGCCCGGCUUAUUCGCGGCUCAGCAGCAACUCGUGGAUGGCGGUUCUCCGACGUCUGACUUUGGGCCGUCGCCGUCGCAGAACCCGCUCUUGACCAAACAGGCUAUUAUUGUUCUCAGGGAAGAGCUUGAGUACUUCUCCAUCCCGCCGAAGAACAGCAACGCGUCGACGAACACCAAUGGGAUCGCCAAUGAUGCCCUCCUCGAUGUGAAGCGGAAAUGCGGGGAGUAUCUUCUCCACAAGCGCAACAUCUUUACCGCCCUGCAGCGCAACGUGAACAAGGAGAAUAACGUUGCGGAGCAGCACCUAAUUGACAUGCUGUGCAUGAGUGGGUUCGACCGAGACGACGAAUGGGGAUACCGUGCCAUGGAACCCUCACGCUGUUGUAUCUCUUCAAUAGCUCUUGUGCUUCUGAAGACAGGGAUAGUGCAUCACCCGCCUGGUCCUACUGGCGAGAAGCAGGUUACCAUUGAUUACAACCAGAUGGCGACGGCGCAGAAGCUGCUUCUCUUCUGGCGGAAGCCUGCGCGGAAAUGCUGGUGGGAUGGUCUGGAGGUCAACCUCGCCGGCGCUGGCGAGACGGAGAAUCCGAUCAAGCUGUGGGCAAGACGGGUGUGGACGCUGGAGCUGAGCUUGGUCUAGUAUACACUUCGCUUCUUUCAUUUGCUGUACACGCUACGCUAUACCGUCGGUUUCUUGCAUCGGACUACCGGAAUACCCUAUUUACCCGUGUGACGUACCCACUGUACCUCAUCACUCCUCCACUGCGGUAUCAGGCCAUCUACAUGGGAAGAUGAGUCGGCAAACGUCGGUCAGUACAUCGUCAAUUAAACGGCCGGACAUCGUAAGGAUCUAUCGCGGGCUAUGUGCCGGUUCACUUGUAUCUCUUGUGGCUGACUGGUGUUACUCAUGCUGCGUCCACGCCCAACACGAAUACUUCAGCGACUGCUGCAUACUCCCCGCUGCCGACUAACAGUGAUGGUGCAAGAACGACAUAGAGAUCUGCC